CUGGGAAGCUGUGUUCUUGGCGCGUUUGAGGAUUUAGUACAAGUCAUUGUAAGAUAGAUUACAUGUGAAACUUGUCGCGUAGAGAAAUCUGAACUGAAUGGUGAUUCAGGUAAGAAUUCAUGCGUCUAUUUCUAUUUCCAGCAAGUUGUGCUCGAUUUCAACACCCAUACUACAUUCCGACGCCAUUUCAGCAAGCUGUGCUCGAUUUCAAUGCCCAUGCUGCAUUCCGACGCCAUGCUUCAUUCUAACGCCAUGCUUUAUGUCAAUGCCACGCUCUAUUUCUAUUUUCAGCAAGUUGUGCUCGAUUUCAAUGCCCAUGCUACGUUCCGACGCCAUGCUUUAUUUCAAUGCCACGCUCCAUUUCGCUGUUCGAUGCUUAUGCUCAACCUUAUCUUGAAUGAAGUUGAUCCU